AUGGCUCAGAAACAGAUGCAGCUGGAAGACUGGCUGGACGAUCUCUGCGUCCGGUUCAUCAUCAACCUUCCGCAAGAAGAUCUGUCGUCGGUUGCCCGAUUAUGCUUCCAAGUUGAAGAGGCACAAUGGUUCUACGAAGAUUUCAUCCGGCCGCUCGAUCCGACCCUCCCGUCCAUGACGCUGCGCACAUUCUGUCUACGAAUCUUCCAACACUGCCCGCUGCUAGCCUCAUUCUCGGUUGAGAACCAUACCAAGGCGUUCGAAGAGUUUUUGCAGUACAAGACUCGCGUGCCAGUCCGCGGUGCUAUUAUGCUCAACCGUGACCUGGACUCGGUAGUUCUCGUCAAAGGCUGGAAGAAAGGGGCGAGCUGGAGUUUUCCCCGAGGCAAGAUCAACAAGGACGAAGAUGACCUGGACUGUGCCGUCAGAGAGGUCUACGAAGAGACCGGCUUGGACCUCCGAGAGGCUGGGCUGGUACCAAACGAGGUGAAGCCCAUAUACAUUGAAAUCCCUAUGAGAGAGCAGCAUCUUCGCCUAUACGUCUUUCGAGAUGUUCCCAUGGAUACGGUAUUCCAGCCUCGAACCAGGAAAGAAAUCAGCAAGAUUGAAUGGUAUAAGCUAUCUGACCUGCCCACUCUUCGGAAGAAGGGUCCUCAAAACAAUAACUACGAUUCUGGCGCUGGGACAAACGCCAACAAGUUCUACAUGGUUGCCCCUUUCUUGGUCCCUCUGAAGAAGUGGAUCGUUGCUCAGAAGAAGAAUGAUGCGAAGAGAGCGUCUGUUGGUGCACCACAGGCGUAUGCCGUCCACCACCACCAACAUAUGCCCAUCGAAGAGGACCCUACCGAAGAUGAGGCUUGGGUACCCAACAACGUUCCCGCUGCUGAACCUACCAUUGAAUCCCUUGAUGGAGCCACUCAGGAGUUACAUCGCUUGCUGAACUUGCAGCCAUCUGUUCAACCGUCCGUUAAGCCGGCCGCUCAGCCAGCAGCCCAGCCAUCUAUCGAAGCAUUGUUAGCCCAAGCCCAAGCUAUGCGAGCACAGAAUCAGCAAACACAAACUCAGCAGGUUCAAACUCAACACGUCCAAACUCAGCAAGUUCAGGUGCAGACAUCCGCCGCUCCGUCAUCUAUCGAAGCACUAUUAGCCCAGGCACAAGCUAUGCGAGCACAAAACCAGCAAGCUCAGGCCAUGCAACAGCCCGCGACGAACGCUUCAAAAGACAAAGGCAGUGCUCUACUAUCUCUUCUGCAAUCCUCCAGUUCUUCACAGCGUGCUCCCCAAGGAGACUCAAAGCUAUCAAACGCACUCUCCUCUCUCAAGAUAGCGGAAGCAAGGCACUCCCAAAACGCCCAAGCCGAUGCCAAUGCCAAUCCUAUGCCUCAAUCGAUUCCCAACACCCAUCGACAACCUCCCAACGUUGCUCCACCUCCGCAACGAUCAUCUGCCGCACUGAAUCUCUUGCAAAACUUGAACGGAGGCCUGGGUAAAGGAGCACCUAGCUAUCCUGCUCAUCCUGUACAUGCUAUUACGACACAGCAAACUUUUACUGCGACGUCCACUAUCAAGACAGACCCAAUACAACCAUCUCGCAUCCUUCAGAGAGGAGAGUCCCUUGAACAGGCCCAGCCAUCUGGGCCGGCGCAACAAUCUGGGCCGGCUCAACAAGCCAAAACCAAUUUCACGCCAUUUGCAGGGUUCAACAAUCUGGGACAGCCUCGGCCUGGGCAGGUGGUCCAGCCUUCGCCUUCUGCCCUACCGAUCCCCAUGAGCUCCCAAGCCCAAAGCACGCAACAUACGGCCCCCAACUACAAUUACAAGCCAAAUGUCUCUCCGGAACAGAAGCGGGCGCUUCUUUCUCUCUUUGGGACGCCAGCCAAAGCUGCUGCAGACGCGCAACAACCUGGACCAGCUGUGACUGGGCAUUCCAUGCCCCGGAUGGGAUCGAUAUCCGGACCUGUUGCUGAGGGGCAACGAAAUGCGCCACCAUCUCGCAACAGCAAUGCGACACCGAUAUCACAGGCUGACCAAAGCUUUUUGCUUGGUUACUUGCAGUCUGUGACCAAGAAUGCUGCGCGUUAA